CAUUUGCAUCAAGAAUAAUACUGAAAUCAUUGAACACAAAAAUUCAUGGUCAGCGGAUUGUUUACAAAAUACAAAAUGGCGAAGCACGGGAAGUCAAGAAAGAAGAAAAUUCCGAAGAAAAAACACAGCUCUAAAGUACAGAAACUCGCUGCUAUCAACGCCAAAAGCUUAUCCAAGGCACAGAAAAGACACCUUAAAGACUUUGGAGAACUUCAUCCCGCUGAUUUAAGAUCGGUAAACAGUAAGAAUGUCAAGAUUUUUCAAGAGUCUGAGGAUUGUACAACAAAAUCAAAACUGGACUCAAAACUUUCUGAGUCYGAGCAAGAAUUUGAUUCUGGUGAGGAAGAGAAUGCUUACCAAAAGUUGAUUGGUUCUCUUGGCACAAGUACAACUCAGCCAUUCUUCAAACAGUUGAUAGAGGAAGACAAGGAUAUGGAUGAAGACAAUGUCAGUGAUGAUCAAGGUUCAAUUGAGAAUGGUGAUAUGGAAACAAAUGAUAUGACAGAGGAAAAUGUCAMUCAGGAUCAUUCUAUAAACCACACAGAAGAAAUUAAAAUCAAUAAUGAAGAUCAUAAAAACUUUGAGAAUGAUGGCAAAGCAGCAAUUGAAGAUGAAAAAGAAAAAGAUGAUGAUGAUGAUGAUGAUGAUGAUGAUGAUGAUGUAGAGAGUGAUGAUGAAGAUGCUCAAGUAAACUCUAACAUGGAUGGUACAGAUUGUCAGGAUCCUUUCACUGUACACUUUGAGCAAGAUUUGGASGAAUCUACAUUGACAAAAAUAACUGAAAAGUCAUAUUUCAAGAAUUCAACUUUAUUGGUUCCAUCUCUUGGAACAGUGACAGUAUCACAGCCAACAUUUAAUGCUCCUGUUGGAGAGAUUGCACCURACAAAUGUCAGGCAUUGUUCAAGGUGAAAGAAAAGUUAUGCAAAGCUUGGGUAGAUUUCAAUGAAACCAGUGAUGUAUUCUCUCCUGUGCAGAGKGAUUUGUUUGGUUACAUGAACAAAUACCAAGAUGUGUUCUUUACUAAUCGUGAUUUCGACAAUGGAGAAGAAAUWCGUCGACUAUAUUGUCUGCACUCGGUGAAUCAUGUACUCAAAACACGCUCAAGAGUACUCAAAAACAAUGCUAAAAUUGUCUUUGCUCAAAAAGAAAACAAAGAGCUUGAGGAUCUUCGAGAUCAAGGACUUACAAGACCAAAAGUUCUUAUUCUGGUUCCAUUCAGAGAUUCUGCUUUAAAAAUUGUUAUUAAUGUCAUAGACUUGGUGAUCAGUGACGGAAAGGGUCAAGUGAUGAAUAAAAAACGAUUCAUGGACGAUUAUUCAGAUUCUGAUGUCCAAGAGACGAAGCGAAGCUUUCGUCCUGUUGAUUUUGAGAAGAUGUUUGCCGGUAACAUAGACGACUGCUUCCGUAUUGGCUUGUCAGUCAAGAGAAACUCUGUAAAACUGUACAGCCCGUUCUACUCGUCUGAUGUUAUUAUAGCCUCACCGUUGGGACUUAGAACAGUGAUAGGAACUGAAGGGGAAAAAUUUGGCGACUUUGAUUUUCUGUCAUCCAUAGAAGUGCUAAUAGUUGAYCAAGUUGAUGUGUUUCUUAUGCAGAAYUGGGAGCAUGUGCAGCACAUAUUCGAUCAUCUGCAUAAACAACCCAAAAGUUCCCAUGAUGUAGACUUCUCUCGUGUUCGUAACUGGUGUCUCAAUGGAUGGUCAAAAUACUACCGACAGACACUUCUGUUUAGUAGCUUCGUUUCACCAGAGCAGAAUUUCCUGUUCAAUAAGUACUGUUACAAUUUUGCUGGUAAAAUAAAAGCACAAGUAACUAAUUUACCAGGCUCUAUCUGCCAAGCUGUAACACAGGUACCCCAGGUUUUCCAUCAAAUCCAAUGUAGUUCUUUUAGUGAGGCUCCAGACAGAUACUUUGAAUACUUUACAAACAAGAUACUACCUGAGUUUUCUGGAGAAGGUUCRCGUCACACCGCUGUAUUUAUCCCAUCUUAUUUUGACUUUGUUCGUCUAAGGAACUAUUUCCGGAGAGAAGAGAUAUCAUUUACUCAUAUUUCGGAAUACUCCAAAAGAUCAGACAUCACAAGAGCCAGAAACUGGUUCAAAGAUGGURCCAAGCACUUCUUGCUUUACACUGAACGGUUCUACUUCUAUUAUAGGUAUCGAAUAAAAGGCAUCAAAAACAUCAUCUUUUAUGGCCUUCCACAUUAUGCACACUUCUAUCCAGAGAUACUCAACUUCCUUGAUAGUGGACAUCAAUCAACAGCUGUAACGGCUACAGCGUUAUAUACUAGAUAUGAUAACCAUCGGCUGGCCGAUAUUGUAGGAAGCAGACGGUGCACUCACAUGAUGUCGGCUAAAAAGCAUGUGCACAUGUUUGUAGCAGGAGAACAAUCCGAGGGAUUAUAGUCCCUUGUAAAUGAGCACUUUGUAAAUGUCAAUGUAAACUUAUGGAAAAAUGUUUGUAAAAGCGAGGUGUGUAAAAGCAA